AUGCCCAAGUCACAGAAGGCCAAACUCGGUAGCAUCCAGCUCAAUAACAUCAAGCUCAAGAUCAAGUUCGUCAUCAAAGACAACACCAAAGCUUCUCCAGAAAAAUUUCGCAUUAUUCGAAAAAUUGGAAAAGGAAGCUUUGGAAAGGUGUAUGCUGCCGAGAAAAGGGACACUAAGGAACUGUUUGCGAUGAAACUUGUGGAAAAAGAUUUGGAGAGCAAUGAAAACCAAAUGCAAGACAUAAAUCAAGAAGUUGAAAUUUUAUCUACACUGAAUCAUCCGUUUCUCAUAACAUUGUGGUACGCUUUUCAAGAUGAAGAUUAUGUCUAUUUAGUUUUUGAACUGCUUCCGGGGGGAGAUCUCAGACGAUCCAUUCAAGAUCAAGGACGCUUAUCACAAGCUCGAGCUCUGAUUCACAUGUGCGAAACAGCAUUGGCGCUGGAUUACCUGAAGAUGAAGAAGAUAUUGCAUAGGGAUGUCAAGCCAGAAAAUUUAUUGCUGGAUAACCAAGGUCAUAUACGGUUGAUUGACUUCAACACUGCCAUCAAAGUCGAAGAUGACCGUUUAGCUACGUCUAUGACUGGAACUAAACCGUACAUAGCGCCGGAAGUGUUCAGAUGUGCAUUGGAUCUUGAUUCGGGAUACUCAUUUCCAGCUGAUUGGUGGUCAUUGGGGAUAUGCGCAUAUGAAAUGCUAUGUGGAAAAAGACCUUAUGACAUACAUUCCUUCACAUCAUACGAAGACAUCUUAGGAAUGUUUCUUUUUUCUAAAAUAGAAUUUCCUGAGUACGUGGAAAGCGAAAUGGCGGACUUGGUGAAACAGAUUUUAUGCGUCGAAACUGAACAAAGACUGAGCAGUGUUGAUCAUCUUCGAUUGCAUCCCUAUUUAAAGAAUGUAAAUUUCAACCAAAUAUACGAACAAGAGAUUAAAACAGCGUUAUGCCAAGUGCUUCCUGACUUUUGAAACACACUGAAAAUCUGGAAUAGUCAAGUGCAGCAAAUUUGUUUCAUUACUGUAAAUAUGUAUUUGUAAUAAAUGUGUUCUAUUUCAUG